AUGCUGGUUGUUAAGACUGCAAAUCUUGCUUUAACUAUUGUUUUUGCUCAAAUCCUGUUCUAUUUGAAUAUAUACUUACUUUAUGCAGUUUUCUGUUCGAAAAAAUUAUAUUCAGACCAAACUUGUUACUUUUCUAUUGUCGAUUUUUAGUGGAUGUGGGACAUAUGUUAAGUGAUAAGAUUGUGUGGAGAUUUCAGUGAAUAAUGCUUUCACUGAUCUAAAAUUCCAAAACUCUGCUUUUUUUUUGUCGAACAUCACACAAAACGGACAUUAUCCGUGUGAACGUUUGAUUAAAUACACUCAAUUUUGUCCACGUCAUUCAACAAAUUACAGAAAUUUAGGUAAAUCUGUGGGUUUAGAAAGAAAAACACCUAUACGUGUUGGGCUCUCCUUUCAAAGUUUAAUAGAAAAAAAUGCGAAAUUUUUUGCCUAGAAAAAAAAAGAAAAGAAGCGUCACACAUGUCGCUUUUGAAAAACAGUUUUGGAAGUUCACAUUUCCCUUCUUUACCCCGUUCGAGAAACGUGAACUCCUCGAGCAAAAACUAAACUUGACAACUUGACAGGUCUUUGUAAAAGCUUAAAAAAUCUAUUGAAAACGGACAAACUCGAUAAAAAAAUGAUUAAAAAUCCAUUUCGAAUUCAUCAAUUAAAUCGAUAAAAAUCGUUGAAUUUCCAGUAACAAUUAACAAGUCCUACUUCCUGGCUGUACUUUUAUCGGAUAAUUUUGCUGUCGAAAAAAUGGCGUUCUUCACAACAUGCCCGUCUGUAAUAUUUGCUACAAUGCGCUCUAUUCUUGGUUUUUUUUAUUACUUCUGACAGACUUGUGGCUAUUUAUUUUCCAGUGUGGUAUCAUCUCAAUUGGAAAAAGCUGUCAAUACCCGUUGUUGCUUUUAUUCUAAUUUUAUCCGCCAUAUUCAACCAAUACAUCCUCUUCGGAUAUUGCAAAUAUUCAAUCAAUGUACCUUUAAGAUGCGAUGACUUUAAAUGUACUGUGAAUACGUGCUAUUACAAUUAUUAUAUAUCUCAAGAGGAAAUUUUGCAUUUUGUAAUUGGAUCCAUGACUACCUUUUAUGUAUUCGCUUAUUCAUUAGAUACCUAACUUCUAAAUCUGAAAUUAGCAAGUUCCUCUCACAAGUACGUCUGUAAUUUGGCAGUGAUUCUGAAAAAGAAAAAAUGUUUCAGGCAACGCGUGUUGCACUACUCGAUUCGUUUACAAUUAUAGUCUUCAAUGUUUUUCCUUCGUUUUUAUACGCCCAGUUUCCAGCAACUAACUUUUAAAAAUUUGGGCCAUUGAUAUCAUUCUUCAAACGCGUUGGAGCUUUAAUUGACGCUGUCUUAAUUUUUAGAAUUUUCAUGCGUGAGAGAAAUGUUGCCUCGAAUGUUAUCUCACCAAUUUCUUGA